AUGAGUGUGAAAGAUUUCAAAUCGGAGAAUGGCGAAAGCCAGGUUACUCCAAAGCAAGUUGACAGUCCUACCUUCGAUCAUGAGCUCCCUCCGCUUCGAUCAACCACAGAGCGCAAAUUGCUAGCCAAGAUUGACUGGCACAUUCUGCCAUGUAUUUGUGUGCUCUAUCUUUUGGCUUUCCUCGAUCGGGUCAACAUCAGCAAUGCGGCUACGUUAGGUCUCAAGGAUGACCUGAAUAUUGCGACUGGUAUGAAGUAUAAUAUCGCAUUGACGAUCUUCUUCGUCCCUUAUAUCAUCUUUGAGAUUCCGUCGAACAUUCUCCUGAAGAAAUUCAAGCCUCACGUUUGGUUGCCACUUUGUAUGUUUGGCUUUGGUCUUGUCAUGGUUUGCCAGGGAUUGGUCCAGAACUGGAGUGGGUUGAUGGCAACCCGUUGGUUCUUGGGAGUGUUUGAAACCGGCAUGUUUCCCGGAUGCUUCUACCUACUGGGUAUGUGGUACAAGCGCAGCGAAGCCCAGAAGCGAUUCAGCUUCUUCUUCAGUUCUACCACACUUGCUGGCGCAUUUGGUGGUGCCCUCGCCUACGGUAUCUCGCAGAUGAGCGGAGAUCGAGGCUACAGCGGCUGGCGCUGGGUCUUCAUCAUUGAAGGUUGCAUCACCUGUGUGGCUGCUUUUGUCUUGUUCUUCUUUAUGCCCGAUUUUCCAGAGGAUGUCAAGUGGUUGACCGACGAGGAGCGCGAGUAUGUUCGCGCGAAGCUGGCCAAGGACGUUGGCAAGUCAGCUCACCAUGUCAAGAUGGGCUGGCGCGAGGUUCUGUCUGUCUUCAAGGACUACAAAAUAAUUCUUGGAGGAUUCAUGUAUUUCGGUCUUAUCGUCCCAGCAUAUGGAUACGCAUACUUUGCGCCCUCCAUCAUUAAGAGCUAUGGAUACAGCUCCGUGAAAACCCAGCUGUACUCCAUUCCACCCUGGGCAGCAGCCUUUGGGUUCUCGAUGGUUAUUGCGUACUGCUCUGAUCGCCUGAAGCAUCGAUUUGCAUUCACACUGAUCCCCAUCGUGGUUUGUAUUGCUGGAUUUGCCAUGCUGCUUAGCAUCCACGGCACAGAACAUAAGGCUGCCGAGUACGGUGCGCUCUUCCUGGUGACAAGCGGUGCUUACAGUGCCAUGCCCGUCAUCGUAUGUUGGUUUGCCAUGAACCUAGGCGGCCACCAUCGCCGUAGCAUUGGUACCGCAUGGCAGGUCGGUUUCGGCAACAUUGGUGGUAUCAUUGCCACCUUCUCUUUCUUAACAAAGGAUGCCCCAAGAUACACUCAGGGAUACAGCAUUUGCAUUGGAUUCGCUUGUCUGUCCAUCAUAUCCUGCACGAUAUACCUUGUGGCGGUAUGGUUCGAGAACCGCAAGCGCGACAAUGCCGCCGUUGAUCCCAAUACCAUUUCCGAGGAAGAAGAGGAAUUCUUGGGUGAUCUUGCACCCACAUAUCGGUACAACUACUGA